AUGCCUGACCUUCCUCGUCAUGUGAUCGCCUGCCUGGAAACAGGGAAACUUGCUCUUUUAGCAAUUAUGGUAUCUACUGGAAUCGUUCUACAAGUUCUGGUAUCUUAUUCUCUCCUGAUUUGCUAAAAUUGGUCGCCUUUAUCCUUCUACCGGCCACACAAAAAUGAGAUAACCCUCACCUCAAAAAACUCUCCUCUCUCCUCUGAAUUGGCAGGCUUGUGCUGUGUAUAAAAACUGGUGGCCAAUGUUGACAGGUAGGAGAUAAACCGUACAAGACAGAUCUCUUGUCGUUCAAGAAGCACGACCUGAGUUUUUACUAACCAUCAAGAUUGUGGAUGAUGCAGUAAUAAUGUAUGUUCUUCUGCCAAUGCCAUUAAUGUUCUUCUCGGCCUCCGAUGCAUACUCUCUCAUCUCCACUGAAGGCAACAGGUCAGUGAAACCUUUGCUGGAGCAGACUUUCUCUCCCAGCAUUCUUCUUCUUCUUCUCAUGAGCGCCAUUCUAUUUUUGAUUUGAAAAUAUCAUCUAAACUCCAGAUGGGUAGACAUCACCAAAUUCCUGACCGGGGCUUCGGUGGUCGGAAGCAUUGCAAUCCCAGCCAUCUUAAAGCAUGCCAAUGUCAUUGUUUGGGGUGCUCUGGCUAUGGAGCUCUCCUCCUUUUUCGUCUUUGGCCUGGCCAUAGUCCUAUACAUGCAGAUGUCAAGUCAUGAUGAGUAUGCUGUAUUCUAA